AUGGUGAGAGGAGGAGAAGCAUUGAGUGCAUACAGGGCGCUGCUAAGAGCGACUCGAAAAUCAUUCGCGGACGACUCACUGAUGCUGAAGGCAUCAGCCUCCGAGGUUAGGAAGAAAUUCGAGGAGAAUCGUGAUGUAAGCUCCGAGACUGAGAUCCAGAAGCUCCUCGAAGAGGCACGUGAAGCUUCCCAUUUCAUAGCUACCAUGAUCGUCCAAGCUAAACUCAACGACCGAGGUGGCUACGAAGUGAAGCCUGAUAAAGACCAUGCUGGAGCAACCCUUGAGAUUCCAUCCGAAGAGAUUCUUCGGAAAUCUGUCUAA